AUGGCAGGCAAGAGGGCGACAGCCAUGGCGAUGCUGGGGUUGGAAGAAGAGCAGCUGCAGGAGGAGCAGAAAGUCAGAAGCCGACUGGAAAGGCUGAAGCAACUCAAGGAAGGAGGAGUCUUCACCACGGAAGAGUAUGAGAACAAGGUGCAGGAGACGACAGGGGUGAAAGUCGAGCAGGUGGAUGAGUUUCUCAAGGCGAAGCGAAGGGAGAAAGAAGACCUCGAAGAGGAAAUUAGCUUAACAGUCAAGGAGUUGGACGAUAUCGAGGCUGGCAUCUACCCCCUUCCAAGAGGAUUGACGGAAGAAAUACUGUCUAGCAAAUACUUUCAAGAAGUCUGCAAGGCGUAUGGUACGAGCUGUCGGGAUCUUUGCGAUGCAGAAUUGAAACGAGCAGAGUACGAACGUUUGUUGAGAAUAUGGGGAAAGAAACGAAUAAGUGACGAAAAGUUCGCGCUCAAGGUACAGACACUUUUAAACUGCGGAACAGAAUCUGCAGAAACAGUUCUCAAGGGAAUGUUGCUCUCCAAGGAAGAAUUGAUUCAGAAGGUAUUGGAGUCCACAAGAGCAUCAUUCCAAAAAGAAAUUCAGAAGGACGAAAAUCUACAGAGAUCGAACCAGAAGAGAGACGAAUUCUUGCGAGGCUUUCAAAGCAAGAUUGAUGCUGCGAUAAAGAAAGAGAGAACCAAGGCAGAGCAAACUGUCAAUCGGAAACGAGCGGUCCUCGAGCAGUUGCUGGUAGAUCGAGCCAUUCAAGAUCAAGUUUCCACCAUGCUCGACCACAGCGAUCACAUCGACCGAUGCCCUUCUCCUGUCUUGAAGAAAACUUCUCAACUCACCACUGGCCUCGUGCCAAAGUUCCUGGCUGCGGUGGAGAGGAAACGAUUGUUUCUCAAAGGCAUCCAAGACAGAGCAAGAAAGCAGGAAUCGAAAUUGCGAACUGCAGAUGAGGCGCUCAGAAAGCUGGCUUUGAAAAACGAGGAAAGAAUCAAGAUGUCACACUUCAAAGAAGCUGAAAACCAAGCCAAGAAAGCGAAACUGAGGAUUGAAGACAAUCAUCGUCAGAAUUACAUAAUGAACAAGAUUAAAGACAACGACUCAAGAAUCUCAGAAAUGAAUUUUUUGAAAGCCAGGAAGCAAGUAGAGAUAGCGAAUAUACAAGCCGAAUUGAGGCAGCAGGAGAAGGUCUUGGAUGAGCUCAUUGCACGAGCUCGGCUUCAAACAGGAUAUGAUCAAGUAAAGAGCUUCGUGGAGAAGAAGGGAAUCACUCUCGACGCAGAGAGUGAGAUGACUUCUGACUGCAUGAAGUUUACGGAAGUUGGCUCCAUUUCGCCUCCCAAGAUAGAUUAUGCUCCUCCGAAGCCGAAGCUCUCUACAUGCAUGAGACCCAAGAGUGCUCCGACAGGCCACAAGGUUGCCGACCUCCGUACAAGAGAAGCGGCUGAGCCAGAAAGAUCUCGCAGACCUGCGACGGCCUUGAAGCAGGCUCCAAGCAAAACCCCGAAGAAGUUUUAUUGGAGACGAGACCCGCUGCGAAUCUCAUCACCUGUUAAGAGGAGGAAGGAAGCCUUGCACUACGUGAAAGCCAAUCGUAGGAAGGACCUGGAGAGAACGCUUGCGGAAGAACGGAUGCAGGCAUCGGAACGGAUCAUGCACUUAGCGACACAGAAAGAAAUUGAAAUCCUGCAGGAAAUGCUGAAACUAGCGGAUGAGACCCAUCAAGAACUUCAAGAGCACAACCACCCAUCGGACAUACAAGAGAUCACAGGGGAAUGUCACGCCCAGGCAGAACGAUAG